CAGCAAUCGUAUAUUAUCAAACGCCGUCCACAUUCCCCCCUAACACUAGUCCCCAUCGGAAUCAUAUAACCUCGAAAACCCAGAGCAGCGAGGAAUGGUCCGUCGUCGUCGCCGCAAAUCGGGUCUCUGGGAACACUCAGAGCAGCGAAGUAAGGCUCUCUCUACUCUUCCCAGUAACUUUCACCCUAAGCGUAGAAAUGUAAAAGGUGACAUGGAAAACCCUGCCAAGAGGUUGCGUACAACGUUACGCCCCAUUCCCUUCAUCCCCUCAAAAAUUCUAGAUUUUUGUAGUCACGAGAACCUGCUCAAGGGUCUUGGGCUUUGGCAGUUUGUCAACGUAGAGUUUAACCAGAAGGUGGAUGUUGAUUUGAUAGCACAGUUGGUUGCCACUUACGAUCCAAAACUGAGACGUGGCAUUGUCAAUGGAUUAACGAUUAGGGUGAGUAGGGUCGACUUCGCCAGAGCAUUUGGUUUACCAUUAAGGAUUAAGAAGAAGAAGAAAAAGGGUGUGAGAAAUGAGACAUUGUCAGACGAGGUUAUAGGGUUUAUUGAAGAUUUUUUGUCUAUUUGGAUGGUCUUAUGUGAUGACACAUGUUUGUUGCCAAACACGGUGUUGAGAUGUAUUAGGUUGGUCAAGGAUGGUAAGCCUGAGAUGGUGGACUGGGCCAGCCUCUUAUGGUACAUGGUAGAGAAGGAAUUGGCACAGGGUGAUAAGCUGGAGGACUGCUACUAUGCAGUUCAUUUACAGUGUGUGAUUAAAUCACAGCACAGGGAGGCUUUCUUCAGUGAAAAGGCUGAACUUGUGGAGUUGGAUGUUGAUAUGGAAGAGGACAGAACUGUUCAAGAACAAGAGAAAACUGCAUUCAGAGGAUCUAAUAUUGACUUGAAAUUGGGUUUCGAUUUGGAGAAGACAGAAGAAGAGACAGUGUUAGAUGAAGAACAGCAGUCUCCUUUAGCCCAAAAUGAUAAACCCGUUUUAUCCUUUUAUCCUAGAAAACAGCGCAGGACAAUAUCGAAUGAUCAUGAAGAGAGAGGAGAAGGGAUAAAAAAAUUGCUAGACAAAGAUGUAGGCAGGGAAUACAGAGAAGAGGAAGGAUUGGAGGAUAAAUUCCAUGUCAUGGGUAAUGCUGAUAUUCUUGUAGAGGAUGGAGUCGCAAAUAAUUUUCUUCAAACAAUGGACGUUGAUGAACAAGAAUGCAUGGCAUUAGAUGAUUUUGAAGAUGAGAAAAAAGCAUGCAAAGAUCUGCUAGUCAAGGAAGGAUCAGUGUUAGAAUGCAGAGAUGAAGAAGGAACAGAGGAUAGAUUCCAUGUUCUGGGCAAUGGUGAUAUUCUUGUAAGGGAUGAAGGAAUCACUUGUAAUUAUCUUCAAAGAAUGGAAGUGCGUGAACAGGAAGGCAUUGUAAUAGAUGAUCUUGAAGAAGAGAAAAAAGUAAGCAGUGGUUUGCUAGACAAUGAAGGGGUAGAAGAACAUAAUGAUAGUACUCCUGAAGUGGAUGGCACUGAAAAUUUACUUCAGAAAAUUGAAGUGCCCCAGAUUCAUGGUCUGGACCCAAAUGGCAAAAGAGAUGCUGAUGGUUAUAACAAUCAUCAAUCACAAGGGGAAAAUGAAAGCUUAAAUGCUGGAGGCGGCCCAUCAGAUGAAAGCACAACAAAUAUUAAGGCGCUCUUGGAUCAAAUGCAACAACAUCUGAUUGUAACCAGGAUGAAGCAACAAGAACAGGAUCAGAUUGUGUCACAACUCGACUCCCGGAGGCAUUUCCUGCUCUCUGAGUGCAGCAAACGUGAUUCUCUAAUUGCACAUAUGCAAAGGAUAAAGUACGAAGAGAUACAGAAAAGGGAUAACAUGAUUUUCCGUCUCCAAAGUGAGCUUUCUAUGAUGGGUAACAUUGUCAGCGGGUAUGCGAAUGCCUUGAAGGAUGUCAACAGGGACUUUGCAAAGUGCAGGAAACUUGCUCAGAUUCGACGCAAGCAUGACGAGGAAUACAAGGCAAUGUGUUUGGUACUUGAAGAAAAAGCCAAAGAAGCUGAAGAAGGAUAUGCUGUUGAGUUUGGAAUGUGGGAGGAUAAGGUGAUGGCAAUGGGUAUCAGGCUGAGGAGUCUUUCAUCUGAAGUUGAUGUGCUCAAAGAGCUUCAAACCAAAUGGAGAGAAGCUCAUCCUCCUGAUGAGGUACAAGUAGAGGUAAAAAUGGUGUCUUCUAUGAGUUAAAUGUGGUAAAGACUAAAGAGUACUGUUGAAUGACUUGUUUGGUCUAUUGUUGAUUAGUUGUUUUGCACUCGCAGGUCUUUGGUUGAGUCUAGGUCUGCAUGCCACUAAACUACUUAAUUGGUUUUUGUAAAGAUUGACUAACACCAUGUUAUGAUUUUCUUUCUUUAAUGUUCCAUCAAGUUCUCUGUUUUGCACACACAUAUUUGCAUGACCAGAUCUGUAAGGUUUUCUGCUUCAUUUUGUAAAUUGCUUAAUUGGUUUCUCU